ACGACCUCUUCUUCCUAACUCUUGCCUUUCUAAAGGCUGUUGUGCAUUUUCGGUUUCGGACACACUAGCCUGCUCAAAUCUUUCGGCUACAGCUCAUUGUCAAUGGCAUGGUGGCAUUUCCACUAGAGCUACUCGGCCUGUAUUUUUCUAUCUCUAUUACUUCUCAGUCAAUCCGCCAAUUCUGGUCUGCGCGAUAAGACGAUUCGAAGGGACCGGGUGUUUGUCGACCACACAAAACAGGCUGGUUAUUUCCCGCAGACUCAGCCAACCACAUCCUCUAUCGACGAGAUAAAUGCUAAGGUAGGAAGUUCCUAAACCGAUUUUGCCGACAAAGCUAUUCCUGAGCGCUGUUGUUACUUGCAAUCCUAACCUCUUUCAGCAGAUCAUUGCCCUCCCACAGCAAACGGUUCUGAGCCUUUCCGGCUCAUCAAAAUCGGAUUGCUCCGUCUAGCUUUGCCACCAUGGAUUCAACAUGGAAAGAAGCUGAGGCUACGAACCUCGAAGACAAUGCCCAUAUUGAUGACGACGAUGAUGAUCUUGUAUCGGAUGCCGAUUCAGAUGAGAUGGAGCUCCGGGGCGAUAUCGCCAAGUAUGAACAGUCUGUACGAGAAUUUCUCUCUUCACACCACACUACUGGGGCCAGCGCUGGCGCUGGCAUUGAUGGCGAUGACGGAGGAUUGAGGAGGGCACCGCCAAUAUCGAGGAGCAAACAUGCUUCGCGCUCCAUCCGAGGUCCCAGAAAGGCUGCUGAGCCCAGAGGCGACAUCAAGCUUCGUCUUGCGGGAGUGAACCAGGCGUUUAUGAGUGGGAAUUAUGCCCUCGCUCGGGAUCUCGUAUUCGAGAUCAUCAGAAUUAAUGCCGAAACUCAUCAGGCAUGGACUGUCCUAGCAUCCAUUUUCCGAGAAGAAGGCGCGAACGACCAAGCGUUGAUGGCUAUGGUCAUUUCUGCUCAUCUGAGGCCCAAAGACUUCGCGGUGUGGAUGGAUUGUGCGUCCUUUGCCAUGAGCCUUGCCGAAGGCGGUCAGGAAGGCGCUCUCAAGACCGCCCUCAUGUGCUAUUCAUCUGCAAUCAAGGCUCAACCAACGAGCCUUGAAGCUAGACUAGGUAGAGCCGAAGCCAGUCACCGCCAGGGCUUCUUCUCCCAGGCUAUUACUGAAUUCACCUACGUCAUUGAGCGUCGCCCGCUGGACAUAGAUGUCGUUCGACGAUUGGCAGAGGCCUGCGCCGACUCUGGAGGCAUGGAAGAUGUCCAGAAGGCUGUCUCAGCUUACAAGACGUACUUCGCACAUGCACGAAGUGCUGAGCAGGAAGCAGGGGGGGAACUAUCAUGGCACGACAUCGGCAUUUAUGUGGAGCUCUUUGCCUGCGCUGGGGACUUCGCAAACGCCAUUGCAGAUCUCAAGUCGCUUUCACGCUGGCUGCUCGGACGACCAAAUGACCAACUAUGGGAUGCUUGUUUCGAUGACAGGGAGUGGGAUCGCGAUCAUUCUCGCCGUGUUCAAAUCCCCUCUUUCGACCCUUCUGCCUAUAAUAUGUAUACAUAUGGCAUGGGAUUGCCUCUGGAAUUCAGGGCCCGUCUUGCUCUAUACCGGCUGAAGAUCCGAGACGAGGAGGAAUCAGAUCUCCAUCUACAGUGGCUAGAUCCAACUGAAUCUGCCACGGCUACCGCCAUUGAGGACUUUCCCUACCUUGUUCGAGAUAUUGCAGAUGAACUCUGCGCCGCCCAGCGCUACCAGGAGGCACUGGAUUACUACGAACUGCUGCGACAUUCCGUAUACGGGCAAGACGCUACCCUACUGCUUCAACUCGGCCGCUGCUACCUGAGAAAAUCCGACAACGUUGCGGCAGAGGACUGCUUUCUUGUGGCUAUUCAGGUCGACGAGACCAAUAUCGACGCCCGUUAUGAACUAGCUACGGUAUACGAAAAGGCUAAGGAGGAAGAGGAAGCUUACAUUCUCGUGACUGAAGCGAUUGCUCUUCAGGGCAUCAACGAUGAAGGGGCUUUGGCUGGCGACAGCCGUGGAGAUAUGCGUGGCAUCGGAAGUCACCGUUUAUCAGGUUCUCUAGCCUCCGGUUUGGCUGAUGGCGCCAAGUCACGGCGUAGACGGGAGUACAAGCGCCGCCCUGCAAACAGCGGAAUUGUUCGCCCGAGAUAUCGCCCGAAGCGCCUGAUAGCUCCCGAUCAACGGAUGCAAGAGGAGCGAGCCCGGGCAGAUGAGCUCACAAGGCGAUACGAAGUUGUACGCAGCCUAAAGAAGGAGAUACAGGCAGGCGAUCACUCUCUAAUCCCAACGUGGAUGGCUGCUGCCGGCGAUCUUGUGGGCGAGUUUAGAUCCUUCAGGAAGUUCUAUCCUUGGGACAAAUACCUCAAGUUCCUUGGAGCCGCCAAUGAUGUUGUAUUCAGCGCUUCAUCCCGAACUCAGCCUGGCCUUUCUGAAUUGGCUGAAAGAUUGUCCAAAAAUAUGGCACCAUCUCUGACGGACGAGAGGAGGACGAACGUAACGUACGAGGACGACGGCUAUAGAGGCAUUCCUUUCGGCGAAUGGCUCGAACUAUUCCUUGACUACGCCAUCAGCCUUGCCCUCGAUAACCGUGCCGAAGAGGCCUACCAAGUCUGUGAAGCAGCUCGAGAUUCCAUCGUGUUCGUCAAUUCCAAGGAUUACAUGUUCUUGAUCCAUGUCGCAUGGGCGGCAUGCGCAAUAUAUCUUUCUGACGAAGAGAUGUGUGUAGCUGUCGCUAGAUUCUUUAUGAAGGUACGACAGCUGGACUCGGAUUCAUACCGCAUGUUCGCCGCAUUGUGCAGACUGUGCCAAUCACCGGCGUCAUGGUACAAUUCAGGACCUGCGCAAAAGUAUAUCUUACGCCAGAUCAAGAUCAUUGACGCUUCUCACCUUGGUACGGCACAGGCAGAUAGGAGCUAUGACGUCUCGGUCGGUGAUCGUACGAGUGCUGGUGAAGCGAAACAGCUCGAUACUUGUUUACUGAUGCUUUAUGGGCAUAUUCUCUUUACUUCAACCAGCUACACCUUUGCACUGAAUUACUUCCUCAGAGCACGAACUCUGGAUCCACUGAACCCCAUGAUCAGUCUCAGCGUGGGGCUAGGAUACAUUCAUCAUGCUCUCAAGCGGCAGGCCGACAAUCGUCAAUAUCUCAUCAUGCAAGGGUUCGCCUGCGUAUUUGAAUUCUGCCAUUCUAAACUUUCUGGAACGCCGGAGGAGAAGAGAGAGGCCUUUUUUGGCGUAGCGAGGACUUUCCACAUGCUUGGUCUGCAUCACUUGGCUCUGGAGUGGUAUCGAAAAGUUAUUGGCGCGGAUGCUUCAGAUGGUGUUGAGCCACGGGGAAAUGCAAGCAGCCGAGAUGUGAUACUCAAUGCGGCAUACAACGAGUAUGCGCUCUUGAUCAGCAGUGGCAGUGUCGACGAGCUGGAGCAGUUUGUUCUACCUCGGCUAGUCCUCUAGUUCUCUACUUAGGAUAGACGAAGUGGUGAUCCCUCGGUUGAGAACUGACCAUGUCGAUUCACAUCGGAGUGCCACGAG